AUGGCACUCACCACCUCCGAUGGCCUCGGUGCCGUCCUCGACACGGAUGAACUGCCCAUGUUCGUCGUCGAGCGAGUGCAGCUGCAAUUCUCCGUCGCCGCCGAUUUUGUAGCGGCCCAGGUGGCGAACAACGUCCUCGUCCUCGCCCUGUCGAAUGGGCGCAUCCUGCGCAUCGAUCUCAACAAGCCAGAAGACAUUGAUGACAUUGACCUCCCGAAGAAGACCUCCGAAGUAGGCGUCAUCCGCCGCAUGUUCCUCGACCCCACGGCAUCGCAUCUUCUUAUUUGCACGGCACUCGGCGAAAACUACUACCUGCACUCGCAGCACAAGAAUCCCCGACCGCUGGCUAGGUUGCGAGGCGUCUCGAUAGAGAGUGUCGCAUGGAAUCCCUCACUGCCAACCGCAUCGACGCGCGAAAUCAUUCUGGGUGCCUCGGAUGGCAACAUCUACGAAGCCCUCAUUGAGGCGACCUCUGAGUUCUACAAGAAGGACAUACGCUUGAAGAACCUCCACCGGCUGCAAGAUGGCCCUAUUACCGGUCUCUGGGCGGAUGCGCCGCAGGGGAAAUCUGACGUCCGACGGCUCAUGAUCGCGCAGCAGAGUAGGCUCUUCCACCUCUCUGGCAAGAUUGGCAAUGGGUACGACAGCCAUGGUUCCGUGUACACCAAAGUUUUUGAGUCCGAGCAGCCUACAAUACAUGAACUGUCGCGAGCUUCCGGGGCGGCACCAUCUUCGCUUGUCGUGUCCCCGGAUCUGCCCGAAACGAACCCCUACGACGACGAAGAGGCCGAAAGGGCGUAUGCGUGGUUGACAUCGCAGGGCGUCUUCCACGGCAAGCUCUUGACAGAUGCUGAUGCAGAACUGGGCAAGAAGGUAUUCGCCGGCUCAAAACUUCAGGCGCGAACGGACUUGAUUCACGCCGAGGCAUCGAAGAGGAGAGGAUCACCCGAGUUCGUGGAUGCCAUUGCACUUACUCAAUGGCACAUCCUGCACUUGGUUGGUGGCCGUGUAGUAGCCACCAAUCGACUGACAGGCGCCAUCGUAUAUGACCAGAUAGUUCUCGACGCCGGACAGACCGCUCUCGGGCUGUACGUGGAUCUGCAGAAGAAUACGUUCUGGCUCUUUACCAGCCAGGAGAUUUUUGAGGUUGUUGUCACAGACGAAGACCGCAGCAUCUGGCAGAUCAUGCUCAAAAUGCAGCAGUUUGACGGUGCGCUACAACAUGCGAAGACUACAACGCAGAAAGAAACAGUAGCUACAGCAUACGGUGAUUACUUGGUGGGCAAGGGCCACUUCCUGGAAGCGGCUGCGGUGUACGGACGCAGCAACAAGCCCUUUGAAGAGGUCGCACUAUCGCUCAUCGACAAUGCGCAGCCUGACGCUUUGCGAAAGUAUUUGCUCGCCAAGCUUGGGUCUUUGAAGAAGGCUGCCAUUAUGCAAAGAGUCAUGAUUGCAAGCUGGCUUGUGGAGGUCUUCAUGGCCAAGCUGAACUCGCUUGAUGAUACGAUCAUAUCACAGGCUGAACUGACCGAAAACCUCAACCCGAAACAGUCGAAGGAACAACUUCAGGACGUUGAGAAAGAGUACAAAGAAUUCGUCAAUAAGUACAAGCAAGACCUUGAUAAACGAACAGUAUACGACGUUGUCAGCUCGCAUGGCCGCGAGCGGGAGCUGCUCUACUUUGCCAACGCGGUCAACGACUACAACUACGUCCUGUCCUACUGGGUCCAGCGUGAGAGGUGGCCAGAAGUCCUCAAUGUGCUGAAGAAGCAGACAGAUCCAGAAGUCUUCUACCGCUACAGUACUGUGCUCAUGACCCAUGUUGCAACAGAUCUGGUGGAAAUUUUAAUGCGGCACUCGGACCUGAAGCCGCGAAGCCUCAUCCCCGCACUCUUGGAGUACAACCGCAACUUCAAGGGGCCACUUCCCCAAAACCAGGCAGUUCGUUAUUUGCAAUACAUCAUCAACCAGGUCAAGUCGAAAGACUCAGCUGUCCACAAUACCUUAGUCUCUAUUCAUGCGUCUCAUCCUUCCUCCGAUGAGGCUGGCCUGCUCGCAUACCUGGAGGCUCAGGGCGACGAACCCGACUACGACCCCGACUUUGCGCUGCGCCUGUGCAUCCAACACCACCGAACACUGUCGUGCGUUCACAUCUACACGAGCAUGGGCCAGUACCUACAGGCAGUAGAUCUGGCUCUCUCCCAUGAUGCCAUUGAGCUGGCGUCUGUCAUUGCUGACCGGCCCAUGUCGAAUCCGCCUCUGCGCAAGCGGCUCUGGCUCGCCGUAGCCCGCAAGGUCAUCACCCAGUCAGACGGCAUCAAGACAGCGAUCGAAUUCCUUAAGAGGUGUGACCUUCUCAAGAUUGAAGAUCUGAUCCCCUUCUUCCCAGACUUUGUCGUUAUCGACGAUUUCAAAGAAGAGAUCUGCGCGGCGCUCGAAGACUACAGCCGGAACAUUGACGGACUCAAGAAAGAGAUGGACGAGUCGUCGCAGACAGCCGCCAACAUCAAGGUUGACAUUGCCGCCCUCGCUCAACGAUACGCCAUUGUCGAGCCGGGCGAGAAGUGCUACGUUUGCGGGCUUCCGCUGUUGAGCCGUCAAUUCUUCGUGUUCCCGUGCCAGCACUCGUUCCACUCGGACUGCCUCGGGCGAAAGGUGCUCGAGCAAGCCGGCGUCGGGACAAGCAAGAGAAUCAAGGAGCUGCAGGUGCAUAUCAGUAAGGGACUCGUCAGUGGCGUGAAGAGGGAGGCCAUGAUUAUGGAGCUGGACUCGCUCGUUGCUUCGGCUUGUAUUCUAUGCAGCGACUUUGCCAUCAAGAGGAUCGAUGAACCAUUUGUCACAACGAGGGACAACCUUGUCGAGUGGGUUGUGUGA